AUGCCAAGUUUUGAAACAUUGAAAAAUCUCGAUGCAAGUGAAAAUAUCUCAAGCUCUAGCAGAUUAGGAAACUUCACAUUCAUCCAAGUGGGUAAUGAUCGAGGCCCCAGAACCGAAGCUCGUAGUCAUGUUAUGCGCGAGUUUGGCGCGAGAAAAAGUUGCAAGGGGCCAAGAAAGCUAGAGCCUAAGACUUUGAAGCGCAAAGCAGUGCAAGCUGUCGGUCGUUAUCUGUCAGGUGUUGGAAAUAAAGAGGCUCCAGCAUCCGCCCAUCUUUCAUAG